UUCAAGUUCCAUCAACUGGUGCCCAUCAGAUAUUAUCCGUGAGUUUAAUUGUGAAACAUUGGCACUUGCGAGUUUGCUAAAGGAUACCCAAUUCUUCCCUGCUGGUUUAUGCUGUGGGUGUGCGUAUUCAGUCAGCAACGCAGCAAUGUAGACCGAUGAAAACGUCGUGUCGGCGUGAAACAAGCGGAGUUGACAAUUCUUCAGGAUGGGAGUACAGCUAGCAGCGGGUACAGGCUAGUUCGGCAAAGCUUUGGGUUGCCAGGAAAAUGAAUGUGAUUAUAAUGGGAAUUAAAUGGACGCGGAUUUUAUAUGUUUUUGUACCGAUCGGAUACAUGCUGCUGGACUUGGUUGGCGCGUUUCACAACUAUCCGAAUGAUUAUGGGUAUCAUGGAUAUCAACGGCUUAUCAACACAACAGACCCGACCAGAGCUUUAUCAGAUGAACAGAGGCUGCUGUACUACAUCAUGACGAACUACGAAAAUUCUGUGCGGCCGGUCCAGAAUGCUUCUCAAACGGUCAACAUCGAUCUAGGGAUCACAUUGAAUCAGAUUUUCGAUGUGGAUGAACGAAAUCAAGUUCUGACAACACACAUAUGGUUAGACCAGGAAUGGACCGACGAAAAAUUGACAUGGGACAAAAAGAAGUUUAAUAAUAUCGAGAAAAUACGUAUACCCUGCAACAAACUCUGGUUACCGGAUAUAGUCCUUUAUAACAGUGCGGAUGACCACACAGAUGGCUACAUGGCAGCGCUAGCGAUGGUAAACAACCAAGGACGUGUCUUCUGGCCACCUAUUGUCAAACUCAGAAGCACAUGUAGUAUAGACAUCACGUACUUCCCCUUCGACGACCAGAUCUGUCUGCUUAAAUUCGGUUCCUGGGCUUACGAUGGAACCCAAGUGGACGUGUUCAACAGAUCGAAUGGUGUGGACCUGAAAAAUUACGUCAGUAACGGCGAAUGGGAACUCAUUGAUGUAAAAGUAGUCCGCAACUACGUCAUUUAUUCCUGUUGUCCUGAACCUUACCCAGAUAUUACGUUCACUUUACACAUGCGCAGACGGACGCUUUAUUAUACUUAUAAUGUUAUAGUACCCUGUAUUAUGCUGUCAGCGUUGACACUGCUUGGAUUCUGGAUGCCACCUGAUAGCGGUGAAAAAGUGACAUUGGGGUUGACUGUACUCCUGGCUUUCUCUGUCUUCAUGUUGCUCAUUGCCGAGAGUAUGCCGGCCACGUCUUUCUAUGUCCCCUUGAUUGGUGUAUACUUAACGGUUGUGAUGUUCAUGACGUCACUCUCAGUCAUGCUGGCGGUGAUUAUCUCCAACCUUCACCACCAGGGUGAGACGAAAGAUAACGAAGUUCCAAACUGGCUGCGAGGUGUCGCUGCUCGUAUCGGUAAAUUCUUCAAAAUUCCCACUAACGUACACAGCAGGUCAGAAAGGCGUUCACCAUCGCCUACGUCGAUGAGGACACCUCUACGGGAAAGUAUGAAUGGGAUCAACCUGCACUACAUCGGCGAAACCAGCUCCGAGUGUAACCUCAUCGAGUACGAGAACGGAGAAAACACCUCAACGAAACAUAAACUGCCAGGAAACGGAACCUACCAGGGUAAACAUGAUCCGAAAAAGAAAUCGCGAAAAGUUACGGAAGGGGAGGAAAUUCUCCGGCGGUUGUCAAUCAUUAUCAAGAGACAGGAAGAACAGCGAAUGUACAGUCAGAAAAACAGAGACUGGCAAGAAGUGGCCAGGCUGAUUGAUCGCUGUCUUUUCUAUGCUUAUUUCAUUAUUUUGCUUUCGUCGACGGUCUCUAUAUUACUGCUUGUGCCGCUGGGAAAGAACGUCAAGAUUGAACACGACAGCAGUUAAUGACGUUAUACAUAUUGACUUCCUAGAGGUAUCAAUCCAUAGUUCUUUCCUUAGACCAGUUUAUACAUACAUUUAUAAGCAUGUAAAGUACAUUCCACGUAAUACUAGAGCAAUUAUUUAACCGGGAUUCAGAAAUCAGAGAAAAAACACGACUAAACCUCUAGCAUUGCCUCUUGAGCUAUAUGAGAAGCUUCGUUAAAUUGCCUGUUGGCGGCGGCGGCGGCGUGUUCGACCGCGAUGAUCUUCCCGAUGCGUUUCUUGAUACCUAAGCACCAAUGAACGGGGCAAGGGGCAACCUUCAGUGAUCAGGAGACCGUUGAUUUGACGCGGACGGUCUUGUGGCGACCCUGACUGGUUCACCUUUUUGUCGAAGAGGCGGAAAUCGGUGAAUUUGGUCCAAGGGGGGGGGGGGGG